CCAAUGCGCUUUAUGUAGCCACUGUCCACACUUGAGUCCCACCAAACCACUUAAAACCCUUCCAUCAGAAUCUGCUUUGACUACUCACGCUACCGAUUAAAUCCUAAACAACUAAAAUCAUCAUCAUGCGGACCUUUGGGCUACAAAUUCUGAUCCUGUUUUUUGGCACUAUCAAGCUAUGCGCGGGGGAGAUUAUAAAUUGCGACAGAGAUCCGAAAGCUUGUGAAGAACGAGGGGGCUCCCGAUCGCACAACCCUUACUGCCCAGGCUUGCCGCCGAGUAUGCAAGCAAGGUGUUGUGAUAAUGGUGAAAUAAGCUCGAGACCUGGUUGUCACCACGGUGGCCUGCCAUCUGGAAGGCGCAUGGUUUGAUAUACUUCGGCGGUCCUCGAAGUUGAUCUUGAGGAUGCUCUAAACAAAUUACAGGGGCCCCAAUAAAAAACGAAGGGCCAAAUUGAACGAAAACUAUCUCAUUGUCUAUCCCAAUCCGAGCCCACGAUGAUGAGAAAACCAAACCCCAAGAAACGAGUUCCCAGGCGUCUUGUAUUUUUUUUACCAGUGAUUCAAAGACAAUGAUCUAGUUUCUGAAAAAUGAGAACCAGUGAUAAUAGUGGCA